UUGGAACAAUAGAGAAGCGAUGUGUUAUUUACGUGCAAAUGGAAAGAUUAUCUAGAACGCGUAUGAAAUGAUGGCUGGCUUUACGGAGUCGGCAUUAUCUAAGAAACUUGCAGACCUUAACAGUUCGCAGCAAAGCAUACAAACUCUCUCCCUGUGGUUAAUUCAUCACCGAAAACACCAUGCCGCAAUUGUGAAAGUAUGGUUCAAAGAUUUUCUAAAAAGCAACGCGAAUAGGAAGCUGACCUUUAUGUAUCUAGCGAAUGAUGUUAUUCAAAAUAGCAAGAGAAAAGGGCCUGAAUUUGGGAAGGAGUUUGGAAGUGUUCUCAAAAAGGCCUUCGAACAUUUUUCUCUUCCUGAAUGUGAUGAAAAAACGAUUAGGAACCUCAAUCGAAUACUACAAGUUUGGGAAGAAAGAGGUGUUUAUGACAGCAAGAUGAUAAAAGAAUUCAAGAAAGCUCUGGAACCACCGGACAGAGAGCCAACUCCACCAAAGAAGAAAGUGAAGUUAACACCAAGUUUUGUGCCUGAAGUGGAAAAGCCAACUAAGAAGGAGAAAACAAUAAAAGUAAAAGUUGUACCAAGGGAGCAUAAAAAGUCAGAAACAGAAGUUGAAGUAGAUGGGACUAAAGAGUUACAUGUUACCCUAUCACCACAUACACCAUCUGGAGAUCCUCCAGAACCGGAGGAGCUUAUAAAAGCUCUCAUGGAACUAGAGAACUCUGCUUCAAGCGAUGCAGCUGUAAGGGAGAGAAUAGCUAGUCUGCCACCAGAAGUUUCUGAAGUUUCGCUUUUGAAUAAAUUAGAAGAUAAAGCAACAGCGGAGAAACUAGCAGUACAAGUCAAUGAAGCUGUACAGUUACUACUAGAAUAUAACAGUCGCCUUGCAGCUGAAAUGGAAGACCGGAAGAAAGUUUCCUCAAUGAUGAGAGAUUUUAUUCAGGCUCAGAGAGAACUCUAUGCACAAGCUGAACAGAGGUUAGAGGAAUACAAAGAGAAACUACAGAAGGUGUAUGUUGUACGUCAGGAGAUAAAGUCUCACAUUCAGAAUCUCCCAGACUUGACUCAACUGCCUGAUGUGACAGGAGGGCUGGCCCCUCUACCAUCUGCAGGAGAUCUUUUUAGUUUGCACUGACUACUUUUUUUUUCUUUCAAGAAGACUGCUAUGUAUAUAGAUCAUGUAUAUAGAAAAUUACCAAAUAUUGUUAUAUGCUUUUACAUGUGUUCUCUUGAAGCUGCAUUUUUCUUUUGUUUUUGUUUUUUAAAAAAAUAUAUAUAAUAGACACAGAACAUAAUCCUUGUCAACUAUAUUGUUUCAAGAGUAUGUAGCAUUUAAUUAUCACAGUUUCAUGUGUUAGCUGUCUCUUGUGGAGCACUUUGGAACAUUACAAAGUAGCUUUGAUUGUGAAGCACCAAUUUUUAUUUUAUUUUUGUUGUUUGUUAAGAAAAACACCUUGCUUGCAAUCCAGUUGCCUGUUUGUUCAUGCAAGUAGCAUGAAUAUGUUUCGAUCAUGUAGAUAAAAAGCCAGUAACCCUCCCUACUCACGAUGAUUGUUGUUGUAUACUGAAAUGUGUUAGUAAAUUUAUUGUUGACCAAUCUGAUUUAUUGCUGUUAUUCCUAAAAAUUAACUCAAGUUCAAAUUUUCUUUUAUUUAUCUUUUCACAUGUCUAAAACAAAAGGUCACAUUCUUAGUAAUGACAGCUGAUAUUAAAUAGAAAAGUAACUCCCCAUCCCCAAAUAUAUCUCUCUCUCUCUCUCUCUCUCUCUCUCUCUCUCUCUCUCUCUCUCUCUCCUUCACCUCCCUCAUUCUGAGGAGACCAUGCAAAAAAAAAGGCUCAUUUCUGUGAACUGAACCUGUUAUAAGAAGUAAAUUGCAUGGCUUGACAGAUGUUUGCUGUGUUAUUCCAACAGCACAUUUCAAUAACUGUGGCAAGUUAUUCUUAACAUGGUUUUAUAUUUAUACCCUUUCAUCUAUCUUUUAAUGCUGCACACACUUCCGCAAAGAACUGCAGUAAAAUUUCUAUCCUUCCAUUAAAAUGCUUUUAUUAGGUAUUUAAAACUCACAGCUAUACUUUUCUCUGCAUAUUUGGUCAUUUAUAAUAUUUCGGGAUUAACAGAGAGAAUUGUUGCUUUCUUCAUGGUUUAUUAUUCUUUGAUAGACAAGUGCUGAAUUUACUGCUUGUUUAACAAAAUCUUAAUAAUUCCUAAAUUACACAAGCUGUGUGUAUAUGUGAGUGUGUGUAACAUUUAGCUCGCAACAUGACAAUAACACCAAACACCAUUUUUAAAUCUGAGUCCUUCUCAGAUGCACAAAUGUUUACACUGAUGAACAAUUGUAUUUAUUGUGGAAUCUGUAUUAGUUCAUGUAAAUAAAUAAAAAAAUUUCUGGGUUACGCAUUCUUUUUGCUAAACUUUGAGUGCUGUAACAUUCAGAAUUCUUGCAGCCUGACAAAGCAGAAUCAGAAUUUUGCUAUUCAUAAUAAAUGAUGAUAUGAAUUUGCUUUCAAGAAAUGCAUUAUACAGUAUUCAGUGAUAUAGUUUUAAUAUUUGGAAAGUGCAGUUUGUAAAUAUUGCAGAAUAAACUUUUGUCAAUAAAAUAUUAGGCUCAGUAUCCUCAA